ACGUUGACGUUUCACAUCUAUUGAAAGCACGUUAUUGUGUUUGUCAAAGUUAUUAUAAUUCGUUACAACGAAAACAUAAUUAUUGGCUUCACUUAAAUAUAUGCAAAUUUAGUUUAAAAUCAUGGCUGAUACAAGUACCAAGGAGUCAUCGGUUACAAAAGUUCCUAUGAUCUAUGUCUGUGGCGAAUGCCACAGAGAAAAUGAAAUUAAACCAAGAGAUCCCAUACGGUGCAGAGAAUGCGGAUACCGGAUUAUGUACAAGAAAAGAACAAAGAGAUUGGUCGUAUUUGAUGCGCGAUGACGUGAAGAAAAUAAAAUAAGUGUUUUAAUUUUACAUUUACUUUAAUCUUACCAUUAUAAAAUAUCCAUCCAUAUAAUGUAUAGUAAACAAUAAAUGGGCAAAUAUUUGACA